CAUGCGCGUUACGUUGCUAAGGGGAUCUCAGAGGCGAGUAUGUGACGGUUGGUUGCGCGCGCGCACCUGUUCGUACCUGAGGAGGAAUUUAACACAAUAAUAAUAAUAAUAAACAACGAUGUCGGGUUUCGACAGCAAUCCUUUCGCCGAUCCUGUGGAGGUGAAUCCUUUUCAGGAUCCCUCAGUGACACAGGUGACUGUAGGGAGAGACGGUGUAGAGGAAUACAACCCUUUCUCAAACAGAAUCCGGGACAAUGCCACCACCAUCCCUUUCUCAGCCGGAUCUCAGCCCGCUGUUCUGCAGCCCACACUGGAGCCCAGUCCUCAGGCCACAGCGGCGUCUGCGCAGGCCGAGCUCCUCAAACAGCAGGAGGAGUUAGAGAGGAAAGCAGCCGAGCUCGAGCGCAAGGAGCAGGAACUGCAGAAUCGCGACGCUGGCAGGGGUAAAGAAAACAACUGGCCUCCGCUGCCGAGGUUUUUCCCAGUAAAGCCGUGUUUCUAUCAGGAUUUCGACGAGGAAAUCCCACUGGAAUACCAGAGGGUCUGCAAGAUGAUGUACUACCUCUGGAUGUAUCACUGUGUGACCCUCUUCUUGAACCUGCUGGCGUGUUUGGCCUACUUCAUUGUGAAUAUGCAGAACGGCGUGGACUUCGGCCUCUCCAUCCUCUGGUUUAUCCUCUUCAGCCCUGCUGCCUUGGUGUGCUGGUACCGGCCGGUAUAUAAAGCCUUCAGGUCCGACAGCUCCUUCAGUUUCUUCUUUUUCUUCUUCAUCUUCGCCUUUCAAGUGGCAGUGUACAUCAUCCAGAGUGUCGGCAUCCCCAACUGGGGAAACAGCGGUUGGAUCACCUCCAUCUCCAUGAUUGGAAUCAACCUCACAGUCGCCGUGUUCAUGAUGAUCGUGGCCGUAUGCUUCACGAUCAACGCAGCGCUCGCAGUCAUCUUACUGAAAUUGGUCCACGCUAAGUACAGGAGAACAGGUGCGAGUUUCCAGAAGGCACAGCAGGAGUUUUCUCAGGGCGUCGUGACCAACAGAACCUUCCAGACCGCCGCUGCCACCGCCGCCUCCUCGGCUGCUCGAGGCGCCUUCCAAUAACACGGUGCAUUCGGAACAGUCCAUCGCUCAUCUCCUCCUCUCACAAAGCAUCACCUCUCCUCUGUGUUUAAGUUUUUUUUGUCUGUUCGCUCGCUGAAGGAACGUUCUCUUAGGGAUACUGUAGAGGUCACUAGUGAGAAAAGCCUACAUCAUCAUGUGUACAGUAAUUAAUGCACAUUCAACACUUUCUGAUUUUCUUGGUUAUAGCUUUUAAAAUGCUUCCCCCCCCUCCCCUCGUGGUACCAAUUAGUGCUGGACGAUACGAUGUAAAUAUCACGAUUUACAAAACACACGACAUACAUGGAGUAUGUACAUGCGGUAUCGCUAACCAACUCGUGUCUACUCGUACGUUAGUGUUGUAGCUUUUAAAACAAUGCUUCACCUAAUGUCUACAAAAACACAUUUAUUUUCGGAGCCCGGGGAAGUGGUGUCUCAAGUGGUGUUAAGGCUCUGGGUUGUUGAUCGGAGGAUCGGGGUUCUAGCCUCAGGACUGCCAAGCUGCCACUGUUGGGCUUUUGAGCAAGGCCCUUAACCCUCCCUGCUCCAGGUGUGCUGUAUCAUAGCUGCCCCUGCACUCCGACCCCAAUUUCCUUAGUAUAUUUGUAGAAAGAAUUCCACUGUGCUGUAAAGUAUAUGCGGUGGUGAUAAUGGCUUCCAGGCCCCCAAUUCAUAUUCAGUUCAUUUAUAGAUCAGAAAAUUUUUAGAUUUACGGUUUUAAAUACGUACAAGAUGCAUCAAAUACACAGCCUUUUUUUUACUUUGUGAUCAUAACGAGUAGACAUGAUAUCCACCAUUAAUUAUUUUAAUAAAAAAUUAAAAUUAUUAAUAAAAUUAUUGUGAGUUUAUUAUGAUAUAAUAUCAUCAUAUCAUCGUAUCGCCCAGCACUUGUGCCAAUAGUGUAAAAAAAUUCACUGCUCACACUUGUCUACUAGUGAUGCGCGGGUCGUUUUUUUUUCCAACCUGCAGGUCCCACUUUUAUGAAAUUAUUGACCCGCCCUGCAGUAAAGUGACAAUUUCUUUACCUGCCCCAACCUGCCCCAACCUGCCCACCGGGUCCCGAAAGGUUAUGAGACGACCCGCGCAUCACUAUUGUCUGCGUUCCCAAACAACAUUUACAUUUAUGACAUUAAUCAGUCUCCUGUGUCCAUAGUGACUUCUAGACGUUCUUGUAGUCAAAAAUACAUUACAGUACAUCUUUUAUGAAGUCCACUAGAUCUGACCCCAAACUGCUCACCUGAACAUUCCCCCACCCACCAUUCAGAGCUCUCCUCUGUCACACAACAGCUCAAAGCAGGAGCUUAAUAUGACACAUAAAGCCAGCUAUUACAGAGAGACACACUCAGACAAUAACUUGGCUGUUUGCCCUCUUCCUCAUACACCAGCUCACAGAUGCAUACAGUUGGCCACAGUCUGUGAUUGACAGGAGAGAGCACAGCACGCCUUCCCUUCCAACCCGAGAGCACGGCUGAUUUUGUUGUCUAGUUUCUCGGCCGUCGCGAUGCUCCAACUCUGUUUAUUUGAAGACGGUUUUGUAUUAAAAUGUCCCCCAGGGUCGCUAAUUUUAUCUGAACAAGUCCAUUUUCAGCGGGUAAAAUAGUUUCGCAAAAACGAACAAAGCACUCACACUGUUACAGCGCAUUUAAGUGCAUCAUAUGAAUUUUUUUCUUUAAAUAUGUGGCUGCUAAAUUGGUGUCAUUGCAUGGAAACAUUGUGAAUGUACGGUGAAGGUAAAUAGUGAUAAAUCAGAGCAUGAUGCACAGGUAAAGCUACCGCUAAUUGUAUGCAAUUCAAACCUAAAUGAUUGAACUUCUUUUCCUCACAUCGGCGGAAAGGCAAACCACGUUAGGAUUCGCUCCAGUUUGCUGAAAAACCACGAUACACAGAUCACACACACAGUCGCCGGACGGACUGUCGCUCCGCAUAUUUGACAUUUUCUGCUUGCACCGUCAUCACGUUAUAGACGUCCUGUUCUUUCGAUCACAAACAUUUUUUCAGUGUUUUCAAACUAUCACCGAAUAAAGUCGUAUAGUCUGAUUUAUUGUAAUGUUUCUAAACAUCAGAAAUUGAUAUUUUAUGUACAGAUAUUAUUUAAGCUCAUUUGAAAUUCACAUCGAUUGUUUGUUUUUGUUUGUUUGUUUGUUUUGAUGAUGUGGAGUUCAUCGUGUAGUGAAAUAUUUUAUCGUCACAUUUAUUGGGUGUAAAAUAAAAAAUGGUUUUAUUUUAA